GGCCAAACUACAAUAAUAAAAGAAGGUUUAAUGCUGUUAGUUAAUCGAUUUGAACUUAUGUUAAUCUAAUAAUAAGUCGAUUACUUGUUUUCAGAGUGUGCGACUCACAACAAUGACAAAAGAAACUAAUCAACUGCAGCAAGAAUAUACUGAAACGGCGGGAGGUUUAACCUGGAAAGAUUUGAAUUUGAAAUCUUUUUUUUAUCACUCUGCAGUCCAUUAUGGUUCUGAGAUUCGUGGAGGGGUCGGUGGUUCCGUUGUCGCCCGUCCCCACCAUCAGCAGCAGCAGCAGGAGGAGGAGGAGGAGGAGCAUGGACCCGGCAGAUGAGCGCCAUGGAGCGGCCCGGUGUUUUCUGCCCUGCGGCGAAGAUCUCCAUCUAUCAGUGCGCAUUAAUUGAAAUGGCGCAUUUGGCCCCAGGCUGCGGUAGGCAUGAAGCGUGACGCCAGACGCCAUUUAGUCCAGAACCAGGGGGAUGUUGGACCUCCAUGUCCGGGUGGAUCAGCGUCUGAGCCCUGCGGAUGGUGGUGAGCCUUACCGGACCGAGCAGCCCAGUUUAUCCCGGGCAGAGUGCGUCACCAGCCGGAGCCCCGCGCUCCGCUUUCCGCUCCUCAAAAACAAGUCCGGGCAGGAGAACCUAUUCCCGGCCCCGAGGGCCUGAGGUGCCCCGGGGCAAACUCGUCCUGCAGCCUGCGCUCCUCUCUCUUGGUUCUGGUUUUAUUUCUGCUUUACGCACCCUUACCAAAAGGACGGAGACGAAGUCGAGACGGCCUGGAGCCGAACCCAACCGAACUUCAGCUGGAGAUACCGAGCUGCUGUCCAUGUCUUCCGUGUCGGUGUCCUCCCAGCAGGAGAGGCGGAGCCUGUCCAGGAUGUCUCUGAGCCACUCACCUGUCUCCCCCAUGACGGCGCAGGGCAUCCCGUCCCCCGCCCAGCUCACCAAGGCCAAUGCCCCGGUUCACAUCGACGUGGGCGGACACAUGUACACCAGCAGCCUGGCGACGCUCACCAAGUUUCCAGAGUCCAGGAUCGGCCGUCUGUUCAGCGGCAACGAGCCCAUCGUGUUGGACAGCCUGAAGCAGCAUUACUUCAUCGACAGAGACGGAGAAAUCUUCAGGUUCAUCCUGAGCUACCUGAGGACCUGCAAGCUGCUGCUGCCAGAAGACUUUCAGGAUUUCCCCCAACUGUACGAGGAGGCCCGGUUCUACCAGCUGGCGCCGAUGGUCCGGGACCUGGAGCGUUGGCAGGCGGAGCGCGAGGCCCGGCGGUCGGGGGCGCCGUGCGAGUGCUUGGUGGUUCGGGUCACGCCCGAUCUGGGCGAGCGGAUCGCCCUGAGCGGGGAGAAGGUUCUGAUCGAGGAGGCCUUUCCUGAGACCGGAGACGUCAUGUGUAACUCGGUGAACGCCGGCUGGAACCUCGACCCAACCCAUGUAAUCCGCUUCCCGCUCAACGGCUACUGCAGGCUGAACUCCGUACAGGUUCUAGAGCGUCUUUUCCUCAAAGGCUUCAGCAUCAAGGCGUCCUGCGGCGGCGGUGUCGACUCGACCCAGUUCAGCGAAUACGUCCUGUGUCGAGAACUGAGGCCGAGCCGGUCCGUCAGCAGCACCCCGGUCCGGAUCAAGCAGGAACCGCUGGACUGAAACCGGAAGCAGCUGCUGCUUUCAGCGUCUUUUUCUACCCAACCUGUUUUCUAAGCUUCUUAUUUAACAUUUGUGUUGCAGAUAAAAAGUUUAAA